AUGGCUGGCUACGGCUAUUCCGGAGGAGGAUACGGCGCGCCGCAACAGGCCCAGUACCAGGGCAGCUACUACAACAACAACAACAAGUACGUUGCUGGCCCAGGCUACUCCAACUAUCAAGCCCCAGCCCAACCCAACUACUACCCGCCUCAGCAGCAGUACUAUUCCCAGGGCCCUCCACCCCCACAGCAACAGCAACACCAUCACCAACAUCAUGGCAGCUAUGGCGGCCAGUACGGCAGACCCGCAAUGCCCACGGUGAACUCGAACUCAUACGCCCAUGGCAACCUCGGUGCGCCAGCCCCGCCUCCGUCUGGUCCCCAGUCCUUCGGCCAUGGGGCCCCGCAGAACUACGCCUUUCAAUACAGCAACUGCACAGGUAGACGGAAAGCUUUGCUGGUCGGCAUCAACUACUUUGGCCAGCGCGGCCAGCUGCGUGGAUGUAUCAACGACGUGAAGCACAUGUCGGCUUAUCUGGUGGAAAAGUUUGGCUACAAGCGCGAGGACAUGGUCAUUCUGACCGACGACCAGCACAACCCCAUGAGCCAGCCGACGAAACAGAACAUUCUGCGUGCCAUGCACUGGCUUGUCAAGGACGCUAGGCCAAACGAUUCGCUCUUUUUCCACUAUUCAGGCCACGGGGGUCAAACAAAAGACCUGGACGGCGACGAGGCAGAUGGCUAUGACGAGGUCAUCUACCCCGUGGACUUCCGCGCCGUCGGGCACAUCACCGACGACGAGAUGCACAGAAUUAUGGUUAGGCCUCUACAGGCCGGUGUCCGUCUGACCGCCAUCUUCGACUCGUGCCAUUCCGGCACUGCCCUCGAUCUACCAUACAUAUACUCUACCCAAGGCAUGCUCAAGGAGCCCAACUUGGCCAAGGAGGCUGGCCAAGGCCUUCUCGGUGUUAUCUCAUCAUACAGCCAAGGCGACAUUGCCGGCGUUGCCAAGAAUGUCAUGGGCUUCUUCAAAAAGGCCACAAGCGGCGAGGACGCUUACAACCGCACAUUGGCAACAAAGACGUCGGCUGCCGAUGUCAUUAUGCUCUCGGGAAGCAGAGAUGACCAAACCUCUGCCGACGCCACCAUCGCGUCUCAAGCGACGGGGGCCAUGUCGUGGGCCUUCAUCUCGGCCCUGAAGAAGAGACCGCAGCAGAGCUACGUCCAGCUCCUCAACAGCAUCCGGGACGAGCUGGCCACGCGUUACACCCAGAAGCCGCAGCUCUCGUGUAGCCACCCUCUCAACACGGAUCUCCUAUUUAUACUAUGA